GUAAAAAAACCGAAUGCGGCGACCGCGAUGAACGUUGACAAGGAACAAUCCGAUCGCAACCUUCCAGAACUUUCUCCACCGUCCAUGGAGAAACCUGCACCGGAACCGUCACAGCAACCACCGAGAGAGUCCACUGCUCCGACGCCGUCCCUGCCGCAGUUUAAACAGCCGCCGUCCCUGCCGCAGAUUAAACAGCCGCCGUCCCUGACGCAGGUGAAACAAACGCCGUCUAUUGAUCCCAGUGCGCUCUUUAGCGGCGGCGGUAUUAGCUUUCUGACUGGAAACAAAAAUGCUAAAUUCAGCUAUGGAUAUGCUACUUUUAAGGGGAAACGGGCCUCCAUGGAGGACUACUAUGAGACAAGCAUAUCAGAAGUUGAUGGUCAAAUGGUGGCAUUUUUUGGUGUUUUUGAUGGUCAUGGUGGUUCAAGAACAGCAGAAUACUUAAAGAACAACCUCUUUAAAAAUUUGAGUAGUCAUCCCGAUUUUAUCAAAGAUACGAAGUCAGCUAUAGUUGAAUCAUUUAAACAGACUGAUGCCGAUUACCUUAAUGAAGAAAAAGGCCAGCAAAAAGAUGCCGGUUCAACAGCGUCAACUGCUGUUCUUUUAGGUGAUAAAUUGCUUGUCGCAAAUGUGGGGGACUCUAGAGUCGUGGCUUGUAGAGAUGGUUCAGCUAUUCCUUUGUCCAUCGAUCACAAGCCUGACAGAUCUGAUGAGCGUGAAAGGAUAGAACAGGCCGGUGGUUUCAUUAUCUGGGCAGGUACAUGGCGUGUAGGUGGGGUCCUUGCUGUUUCUCGUGCAUUUGGAGAUAAAAUGCUAAAGCCAUAUGUUGUGGCAGACCCAGAGAUUCAGGAAGAAGAAAUUGAUGGUGUAGAAUUUUUGAUAGUUGCAAGUGAUGGGCUUUGGAAUGUCCUGUCUAACGAGGAGGCCGUGACCCUUGUGCAGGACAUAAAAGAUGCUGAGGCAGCUUCACGUAGGCUUAUUGAAGAAGCUUAUUCAAGGGGGAGUUCAGAUAACAUCACCUGUGUGGUUGUUCGAUUUGAGAGCGCAUGAAUGGACCUUUUAAGAUAAAAGAUCCCGAAGGGAAGAUGUAGGCCUUGUAACUAGAUUAUUUUUCCAACUUUGCCAUUCUUCUGUUGAUCAUUAAGUUAUUCAGGUGGCCAUGUCAGUUGAAGUAGUGGUCAUGGGGAUUUCUAUGGAUGGUCUCCUCUUAUAGACUUGUAAUGUUGCCUUCAAUUGUUAUGUUGUGAUGACGAAGUGUAAAUCACACUGGCAUAGUCUUGUCUUCUCUAUUUACAUAUAUCUAUUAUGAUAGGCGUUCUCUAUUUCACUUGGCCUACCCAGAAUUCGUAAUCCAGUAUUUGUUGACGUUGUAUUCUCCUAACUUUGCUACUCAUGGGACUAUAGUGAUUAUGUUUACUACUACUUUCUUUGACUU